AUGCCGCCAUUAAGAGUGCUUUGCCUGCAUGGUGCAGGGACAAAUACAAAGAUCCUUCAGUUCCAACUUCGUUCUUUGAUUCGUGAUCUGGAAUCAGAUCAUACUGCAACUUUCCACUUUACCGAAGGGAAUAUUGACUCUGGCCCUGGGCCUAACGUCGAGAACUUUUUCGAAGGCCCAUACUAUUCCUACUACAACUGGCCGCGGUCAUCAGAAGAUGACGGCAUUACUGUAGAAGAAGCAUACGAUCAAAUUUUGGACGUCAUUGAGACAGAAGGGCCUUUCGAUGCAGUGAUCGGUUUUUCGCAUGGCGGCACACUCGCAUGUGGGUUUCUCGCGCAGUGGUCAACGCGCCACCCAUACGAAGCGCCACCAUUCAAAUGCGCAAUAUUCUUCAACAGCUUACCUCCGUUUGUGGUCAGUGGGAAUGGAGACUUCAUUUUUGAGAAACAUCUCAAGGGUAGGCUAACCAUUCCCACGCUCCAUGUAGUUGGGAGAAGAGACUUCAUUUACGAGCAUUCUCUCAAGCUACACCAGAUCUGUGGGGAUAAGAAUGCAACCUUGAUGCUACAUGAUAGAGGACAUGAGAUACCCCAAGAGCCAAAAUUCGUAGCAAAGAUUGCGGCUGCGAUCAGGAGAUUGAGUCGAGAAAUCAUGUUCCAAUAG